GCUAGAAUCACCGUCCUCCCGACUAUGGCAAUAGCAGCAGCAGAACUUAAACAAUCUGCUAGUUUCUUCCGGCAAGCUUCUCGCGUCAGUGUACCUGGUCGAUCGUCUCUGGCUGCGAUUUCACAAGGAAAGCUACAGAAAGAAUCUCUUUCUCGUACCCCCGACCUCCGUCGCUGUCUGGGCCACCACGGCGUCUACCGCAAGUGCGUGCAAGCCGCUCAAGAAGCUGCAAGUCAGCCUAUGCAAGCAUCCCAUGGUGUAAACAAUAGCCAAGCUCCUACUAUUCCGGGCAACGCAACAAAGCAUAAAUCCACUGCUCCUCCUCCUCCUCCUAUCCGAUCCCAAAUUACGCAAGCCAUCAAAGCCAUAACCCAACGCCGACAUGUCACUGCAUUUAUCAAGCCCGAGAACGAUCUGAUCCGGGUACCAGCACAUGCCUCGCCCCGGAAGAGCAACAUGACUGGGAAUCUGCAGUGCAGAGUCAAAUUACUCUUCAGCCGGAAAUCUUUGCCUGGGGAGCGGUCUCUGUGGCAGGAGGCCGCGAGUUGAUGCUCUCACGUCAAAAUUAUUUGAUCAUGCAUCAUUAUCAUCGACUACUUUUAUUUAUUCUAUCUUCGAUUGCAGGGACAAUCGUUUCAUCUCACCUCUUCCAUCCGGGAUGGAACCUUCAGAUCUGUUACCAUAC